AUGGCAAGCAAUCACAAGCUGGUCUGCGCUCGCGCGGCACGGAGACAGUUCGGUGGUGCCUUUCAGCAAGCUGUUCGAGACUACCGAGGUGCCAAACUGUCCGCUCUGACCUUGGCUAGAGGGCUCGAGGAGCGGCUUCCAGGUGGGCUCUCAUAUCUUCCUCUGGCUUUUCUCUAUGAUGGAGAAGUGGCCCAGCUUUCCUGGGAGGGAUCCGUUGCAAAGGCCAAUGCAGAGGCCCGAGCACGGAAGACCAACUUCCGCGUCAUGGCUAGAACUCGGCCUCUGCAACCCCAAGAAGUGGAAGACAAGCUCUACGAGUCUGUCAGCUCUGAGAAUGGCAACAAUGCGAUUAUUGUUCAUGACGGACGUGUGCAUCGUGACGGCAGAACCAUCUAUGCAGUGCAUUCUCGCUUUUGUUUGGAUGCUGUUUUCAAUGAGCGUGCUGACAACCAGGAGGUGUUUCAAGAGGCUGUGCAGCCUCUGCUAAGCUCCGCCCUGGAUGGCGGCCGGGCCACGGUGGUCUUCUUUGGUCAAACUGGCACCGGAAAGACCUACACUGCUCGAGGAGCCCUCGACAUCAUGUCGGAGCUGGUUUUUGAAAAGGCCGACAAGGUGGAGCUGUGCUGCUACGAGAUGGCGGGGACACGCGGAGGGCGCGAGGCCUUCUUCGACCUGCUUGCAGGCGAGGAAAAGAAGCAAGUGAAGUGCUUGACUGGCGAGGAUGGAAACGUGCACGUGCGCGGUGCGCAGAAGAUCGUCUGCAACAGCACCUCAGAGCUCUGCAGCGCUAUGGAUAAGGCAUUUGCAUGGCGCUCAUCUGAGUGUACUGAACGGAACGAAGCCUCCUCACGUUCCCACUGCAUUUUGGAGUUUAAGUUUCCUGCAGAGGGCGAUGACAGUGGUGAAGCCGCAGGGCUCUUUCGUGUUGUGGAUCUUGCUGGCUCAGAGAGAAACUUCGAGACUCAAAUGCACAGCCGCUCCAUGGCUGAGAGAGGUGGAUUGAUCAACUACUCCCUGCUGAUGCUGAAGGAAUGCGCGCGCGUCAUGCAUAACAACGAGAAGGAACUGGAAAAUGAGAUGCAUGUUCCCUUCCGCUCCUCACGGCUCACUCACUUGCUUCGAAGCUCCUUUACAGAUGGCUCCCACAUGACAACGGUCGUUGCCACUCUCUCUCCUUCGCCAACUGACGUGGAGCACUCUCUCAAUACGCUGCAACACGUAGGGAUGAUGCGCUCUUCGCGCGUCUGGGAGACGCGACCCCCCCCGCAAGAACCCAAGGAGGGCUCAGACCCCAAGGGUUUUGAUGCCGUGCAGGGCCGAGGGCGUGCAUUGCACUCCAAGCUGCAAGAUGCCCGCAAAGGUCAGCUCAACCUCCAUGCCUUCCAGAUGAAGACAGCUGUGGGAGGAAGUAUCAUGAAGAAGUACGAGGCCGACAGCGCAAAGACCGAGACCUUCAUUGAUGCGCGCUGGCACCGUGAGCUCAACGUGAAGGUGCAGGAUGACCUGUGGGUGCUACGGGAUGCAGAUGCCGAAGCGACCCAAAUCCUUUCAUCCUGGAAGGCCGAGCAGUGGGCUGCCUCCAAGGCCCACGACCUUUCGCGCUGGAGUGCUGAGACGUUGCAGGCCUUCAUCCAAUCCCUGGACCUGCCAGGGCAGGUGAGGAUCCCUACAACCAUGACGGGCGCACAACUGCGCCGCCUGGGCCGGCGUGGCCUGGCCGCGCUGUGCAGCGACAAGGCCACGGCUGAAGCGCUGGAUCAGGCAUUGGCGGGCGAAAGCCAAGCAGGCAAGGCGGCUGCUGCAGCCCACCGCAGUGCUAACGCCCGCAUGACUGCGCUCGGCAACCACAAAGUGCAUGCCGCCAUCGAGGAGUUCGAGGAACCUGCGCCGGCCACGCCUGGCAGCAAUCCCAGCCACGUGCAGCAGGAGCCUGCGCUAGCUGCUUAG